GCGCAGAGGACGGCGGAGCCGGCCGGACACGGACAGCUCCGUCGCUCCCUCCCUCGGCUCAUCCUCGCUUCCCCACUUCCCUUCUCCCCUCGCUCGGAGCAGCAUCCUCUGCAGACCCUGGGUCCUCACGCCCGGGGUCGUCCCGCGCCCGCGGCUCGGUGUAAUUGCCUCCUUCUCCCCUGUCAACCCCUCAACUUUCUCCGCCCGAGCCCGGGGGUCGAGGGAGGCUUUGCCUGGGGUACACUGGGGGUCAGUCUCUGGAGGAGGGCUUCAGAGUCCCAGAGAGACGCCCGCCACCCACAGCCUGCCCCAGCGGGCCUGCCGUCGGGUCUCGGCACCCUGUCUUCCCCACUCCCCCUCUCCCCCAACCAUGACCGAAAUGAGCGAAAAGGAGAAUGAACAGGAUGACGCGGCCACCAAUAUCCCCCCAGGGACCGUCUCCGCCCUCCAGGAAACCAAGCUCCAGCGAUUCAAGCGCUCGCUCUCCCUCAAGACCAUCCUCCGAAGUAAGAGUGUGGAGAACUUCUUCCUUCGCUCAAACUCUGAGCUCAAAUGCCCCACUGAGGUGCUGCUGACGCCCCCAACCCCACUGCCCCCUCCCUCCCCACCACCCUCAUCCACAGACGGGGGCCUGCCCACCCCAGCCCCCUCCCCGUGCCCAGUCCCACGCCCCCUGGCACCACUCAAACCAGUGAGGCUGCACAGCUUCCAGGACCAUGUCUUCAAGCGAGCCAGCCCUUGUGAGCUGUGCCGUCAGUUCAUUGUGGGAAACUCCAAGCAGGGCUUGCGAUGUAAGAUGUGCAAAGUCAGCGUCCACCUCUGGUGCUCGGAGGAGAUCUCCCACCAGCAAUGCCCAGGCAAGACGUCCACCUCCUUCCGCCGCAACUUCAGCUCCCCACUCCUGGUGCAUGAGCCGCCACCAGCUUGUACCAUAAGCAGAGAGUCCCCACCCACUUCAGGGGCAAGCGGGAAGGUGGACCCUGUCUACGAGACCCUGCGCUAUGGCACCUCCCUGGCACUGAUGAACCGCUCCAGCUUCAGCAGCACCUCUGAGUCCCCCACACGGAGCCUGAGCGAGCGGGAUGAGCUGACCGAGGAUGGGGAAGGCAGCAUCCGCAGCUCCGAGGAGGGGCCUGGUGACAGUGUACUCACAGCCCCAGCCGAGAGUGAAGGGCCAGGACCAGAGGAGAAGAGCCAGGGACAGCAGCGGCCCCAGCCUCCCCUGCGGAAGGACGUGGGGCCCAUGUACUCCUACGUUGCGCUCUACAAGUUUCUGCCCCAGGAGAACAAUGACCUGGCGCUGCAGCCUGGGGAUCGGAUCAUGCUGGUGGAUGACUCCAACGAGGACUGGUGGAAGGGCAAGAUCGGAGACCGGGUUGGCUUCUUCCCAGCCAAUUUUGUGCAGCGGGUGAGGCCAGGCGAGAAUGUUUGGCGCUGCUGCCAACCCUUCUCCGGGAACAAGGAACAGGGUUACAUGAGCCUCAAGGAGAACCAGAUCUGUGUGGGCGUGGGCAGAAGCAAGGAUGCUGACGGCUUCAUCCGCGUCAGCAGCGGCAAGAAACGGGGCCUGGUGCCAGCCGACGCCCUGACCGAGAUCUGAGAGGAGCCAAGAGAACCCAGAUGCCACCCCUGCCCAUGCCUGGCCCUUGCCUCUGGCCCGGGAGGGGAGCAGCCAUCCUUGCCCACACCCUUCCUCCUCUGCCUCUCUCCAAGGUGCCACUCACCAUGGCUUAGGAGCCUCUGUGCUGAGGAAGGUGUUAUUUCUUGGGUGGGGCGCCCUGCGUGGGUUGAUCCUCUGAGACUUAGGGUGGGGGGAGGAGAAAGUAGGAGGGAAUGAGGAAGCUGUAGACUGGUCCACCCAGCACCCAGGUACCCCCAGACCAACGGCCACGCGGAGUCCAGCCCUGGGGACGGUUCCUGGGGAACUUCCCUGCUGCUGCUUCCAGAGUCUUCCCCCUGCCACACACCACCUUUGCAUGCCUGGCACACCUCUCCCACAGAGGGUCUAUGUGUGUGUGACCAUGUGUGUGUCUGUCCCUUUGCAAGUAGGGCCUUGAGAGGGGGCCCCUCUCUGUCCCUCGGCCCUUCACCCUGGGCUGGGAGGGGAUCUAGGGCCAUGGGAGGGUCCUGAGUCCACCUCCUGGUCCCACCACCUCUGUCACUCCGUCAAUUCUCAGGAAAGUUCUGCAGGAAUCUCUCCCAUUACUUGAAACCUGGGCCGACAGAGGAGGGGAGGGCUGAGGUCCCUGGAGGCUGUGACAAAUCAGAGACUGUCCCCUCAAGGAAAACAACCAUCAUCACAGACCAGCCUCACCCUGCCCUAGUCCCCCGGGUGCAGACGCCCAGCGUUGAGCACACAGGGGCCCGGGCCUGGUCCCAACAAGCCCAUUUCACCGUGGGGACUCCAAAAGCCCCCAGGCAUGCAGGAACCAGCCAGGGGAGCCUGUCAUUGUCAGCUCCUGUCCCAGGCCUCACCAAGCCAAGCCACCAAGGCCAAGCCGUUCUAGGAGCCCAACCCUCAGGGUGACCUUCCUUACCCGCUCUUUCUGGGAUGUACAGGGGACAGGACUGCUGCUGCAAGGGCCCUUUUCUGGCUGUAUCUGCUCCCUUGUCCUGGACACAGAGCCCUGGGAAGAAGAGGGGGUGGAAGACAGACAAGGAAAUGGAAUGUUCUGUUCGGACACCAGGAAAGGAGGGGGGUAGGCAUCCUUGGGGGUGGGUGGGCACACACAAAGAUCAUGCCAGCCAAUGCCGCCCCCCAUCCUGGGCACAGUCACACCCUUCCAUGUGGUGAGAGGGACACAGAUCCUCCUACCCAAAGGCCCCUACCCCACUUGUCCCCCACAGAGGGGGGCUCAAGCUACACUGCCCUGUUUGCUGCCAUGAGGCCCCCCCAGCACUAUCCCAGGGGCGGGCCCAACGCCCACUGUACAUGAGGCUGCAUGAUGGGUCUGCUGGGGUGUUGCUGAGCCCCCAGACCCCUAAUUAAAUGUUUCUUGUCCUG